AUGGGGUUUGGGGGUCUCCUGCUCAACUGGCGGCUGUGCCAGGAGCUGGAUCCGGUGCGAGUGGUGCUGAGGGGCUGUGGCUGCGGGAUGCUCUCCCUGGGAAGCCAGCCCUGCCCAGCCCUAGGAUUGGAGGAGAUCCUACCAAAGCCUGUUCAGGACACAGGGAACAUUUUGAAGCAAGGAUAUCUGGAGAAGAGGUCCCGAGAGCACAGCUUUUUCGGGUCAGAGUGGCAGAGGCGGUGGUGUGUCCUCAACAGAAGGGCGUUUUACUACUACGCCAAUGAGAAAAGCAAGCAACCUAAAGGCACCUUCUCCAUUGAGCACUAUAGCGCCCGCCUGGCUUUCCAUCUCCGCAAAGACUCUCGGAGAAGAUGCUGUUUUGAGUUAAUCUGCCCUGGCAAACGCACCUACGAGUUCACAGCCCCAAGCCCAGCAGAGGCUGAAGACUGGGUGGAUCAGAUCCAGUUCCUCUUGAAAGACCUGAGCUCACUGACUAUCCCAUGUGACGAGGAGGAUGAAGAGGAGCCCUACAACGACGUGGACAGUUCUGACUCUGUGAACACAGCAUCCCACAAUACUACCCUGAAUCAGGAUGAGCCAAACACUGAGAUGGAAGAGGAUGACAUCUACGAGGUUUUACCAGAUGAGGAGCUGGACCCCCCCUUCCCAGAGGACAGUGAGGGUGCCAGGAGCAGACAGAGAAGCGGAGGUUCCCAGCGAGAUUACGCUAAUUACUACCAAGGCAUGUGGGACUGCAGCAGCGAGCAUCCCGACGAGCUCUCCUUCCACCGCGGAGACCUCAUCUACAUCCUGAGCAAG